GCGCCCUGUUACUGUCAGACCGAUCACAUUCAUCACAACAACCCCGAUGGCCCAACUGGAGCUGACAGCCCUGAGGCCGUGGGACGACUUCUUCCCUGGGUCGGAAAGAUUCUCCAAACCAGACUUCAACGAUCUGGCAAAAUGGAACAACAGAGUUAUAAACAACCUCCUGUAUUAUCAAACCAAUUAUAUAGCCAUGGCCAUCGUGGUGUUCCUCUUAGUCGGAUUUCUGAACCCGGUGGGGAUGUUCAUGGGGAUGGCCGUGGUGGCGGCGGUCUUCCUCGGUUCGGUCUGGGCGGGAGAGAAUAAAGCAGUCAUAAAGACCUUCAAGAAGCAGAACCCUGCAGCGUUUGUGGCUGCCAUCAUGUUGGUCAGCUACAUGCUGAUGUCUUUGGUGGGAGGCGUCAUGGUCUUCAUGUCGGGAAUCACUUUUCCUCUGGCUCUGAUGCUCGCCCAUGCCUCGUUCCGCCUGCGCAACAUGAAGAACAAGCUGGAGAACCGGAUGGAGGUCGUGGGGCUGAAGAGGUCCCCCAUGGGCCUGCUGCUGGAGGCUCUGGGACAACAGGAGGAAAACCUCCAGAAGAUGCAGAACUUUUUGGAAGCAAAGAUGAAGGAGUGAUGAGACACACACACACACACACACACACACACACACACACACACACACACACACACACACACACACACACACACACACACACACACACACACAC